UAUCGAUACUAGCGCCAUUGGGCGCCAAAAUUAAAGCAUUGUGAUAGAACAGACGAUAUUUUGAUCGUCGGAAAAUGGAAGUUAUAAACGAAUCGAAGUUUAAUGACGACUUUGAUUUGGCCUUGUUUAUAAGUGAUGAUAGAUGUUCAGUUGAAGACGAUGGCGACCAAGAAGGGCUUGAUUUGUAUACUGAUCUGCUAACGACGGAAUUUCACGAAAAUAAAUUAAAUAAUGAAAAGGUUUUUGAAGAUUAUCAAAAAUUAGAAGCAGAAAAUUUAAAAUUACAAGAUCAAUUAAAAGCCAUAAACUCCAAUUUAGAAAUAUUAAAAAAACAGAAUAUUAAAUUGAAAUAUAAUAUCUCUUCAUUAUAUAAGACUGCUAAAGAAGAAAUUGAUAGAAAAGAUUUAUAUAUUCAAGAGCUUAGAGAAAGUUUGGAUCGUAUGAUAUUUCGAAGAAGACAAUUUUCAGAAAAAUCUUCAGUAAGUGAAAACUGUGAAAACAAUUGCAGAGAUGUCAGAAAAGAUACUACAAACAAAAAAUCUGUAGAUAAUAGAAGUUAUGUUUCUAAUGAUAUAAAUAAUAAUACUAAAAGUGUUAAAAAAUUAUCUAAUCAUUCCAAAAUAAAACAUGAUCAAUAUGACAAAGUUGGCUGUCAUAGUAAUUUGAAAAAUUCAGAUUAUGGAGUUCUACAAAGUUCUAAAGAAACUUCUAAUUGUUUACGCUCAAAUGAUAAAGAUUCAAAAAGUUUUCAAAAAGAAAGGGAAACAUCUCAUCAUUUACAUUUGAGAUAUAAAGAAAAAGAUAAAUCUCAUCACAAACAUAGAGAAGAUAGGAGCAGAAGAUCAAAAAGUAAUGAACGAUUUCAUCACAGGCAUAUGACUGACACGAAAAGCAAAAAUGUAUACCAAGAUUAUAAGGAAGAACAUUCAAAUAAAGAAAAGAAAUUAAGAAUGAUAUGAUUAUGUAGGCUAUUUAAUUAAUUGUUAAUUCAAUUGUAAUUUUAUCUUAAACUAGCAAACAUUUUAAAAUUUU